CAUCUAUAGAAAGAACUUCGGUUUAGGGUUUUGCCAAAAUGCCGCCGAGCUGAGGGAGGAGCAAGUAUGUACAGGAGGGCGAAGGAGGAGGCGCUGCCGCCGACAGGCCAGGUGCGCGUCCUCAUCGUCGGCGACGCAGGGGUCGGGAAAUCCUCGCUCGCGCAGCUGAUUGUGGAUGGGAGCUGCGGCAAGGACGUCGCGCGGACGAUUGGAUGCACGGUUCACGUCAAGCACAUCCAACACACUAGCGAAGGGUCACUGGCAAACAGCUUCCAGGAUUUCUUCGUGGAGCUCUGGGACGUCUCGGGGAACGAGUGGUACAAGGAUUGCCGCUCUCUCUUCUACUCGCAGAUCAAUGGGAUCAUUUUUGUUCAUGACUUGUCUCAGCGAAAGACCAAGAGCAGCCUCCAGAAGUGGGCGAGAGAAGUAGCCUCUCUGGGCCAUUUCUCGGCACCGCUGCCAUCGUCUGGCAUGGGACUCGUCCCAGUGCCGUUCCUGGUGAUUGGCAACAAGGCCGACAUUGCUCCAAAGGCUGGUGGUAGCAGUGGCAAUCUCGUUGACGCUGCAAGGCAUUGGGUCGAGAAGCAAGGCCUCCUCUCUCCAACGGACGAGCUUCCCACGUCGGAAACAUUCCCUGGAACUCAAGGUCUUCGAGCGGCAGCAAAGGACGGAGAACUGGACAUGGAAGCAAUCGACGAUUUUUUCUCGAUGUUAAUUCGACGACGCUACUUUGGGGAAGGGAUUUCCACUUACUUUUCUUCGACGCAAAGCAACAUCCCUGUAAAUUCGACAAACCAAAUGCCAUCGUCAUCGUUCAUGUACAAUGGUCUCGCCAGAAGCAAUAGCUCGUCGCGCUAUAGGCUCUAAAAGCGCUCUUCUUCGGCUAUGAAGUUCUUUGACGAUAAAAGAAAUAUGCGGCCAUCUUUCUACGUUCUC